CGUAUGACAGGUUUUUCAAGAUGGCGGAGAUACGCGUAUACAAACUCGUGUACCUCCUGCAUUUAUCCUGUGCUUUAAUAGACGUGACAUUUUCCGGAGGCUACGAGAAUUAUUCCUUAGAUAGCGAAAAGAUUUGUCAUCCUUAUAAUAAGGAGACGAUUCAUGUGACCGACUUGGCACUGCUGGUUCGACCACAUCACAUUUUUGAUACGUGGAAUGUUAUCAACGAUAAAACCUGCAAGUUUGCGAUACACACUAAAAAAAAUAUUGGACUCUUUGCGGUUAUCCAGAAGAUGUCUUUCAGGCGUAAUGGAACAAAGUGUUUGGACUAUGUUGAGUUUAAAAGUCAUAAUGCGACAAGAUAUUGUGGCCAGCUGGAUCGCCGAAAAAUGAGAUAUUACCCUGUUCCUGAAGAAAAUAUAGAUUCAAAUGAACAUAUCUCAGCAGGAACAUAUGCUGAAUUUGAUACAAAGAGCCAACUGGAAACUAGAAUUUUUAUUUCCAAGAAACGACUGCUACCGAACGAAACGCUUGAUCUUGUAAUUGUGUACACUCCCUAUAAAGACUGCAGGAAGGUGGAUCCCGAUGAGUACAGAUCUAUAAAUGCAAACUUCUGCAUACGAAGUGAGUACUUCUGUGAUGGCUAUCAGAACUGUGUAACAAAUACCUGCAUAGAUGAGAAUUGUCAAGUACCAGAGUCUGUAAGCAACAAUACAGGAACAAAGGUGACUGUUGGUACAGUGAGUGCUAUAUUUCUAACAUUCAUUACAUUUGCUAUAUGUCUGUGGAUCUGUCGGAGGCACAAAAAAUUUUGUUGGUCAUCCGAUUGUGCCGGUCCAAGCGUACAUACUGCCGAUUACAUUGCAACCAGUCAUGGAGAAUCUGCUGGUACUGACAACGUACCAGUUUCCACCGCACCGAUGUUAGAAGUCAUUGUUCCGGCACCUGUUCAAGACAAAGAUUUACCUCCUAGCUACGAUUCCCUCUUUCCUGAGCAAUCCACUCCUACGAAUACGUAGUAUAUCCCUAGACAGGAUUUGGUGCAGUGAAGUGCAAGUUAUUCCCAGUCGACUUGAAUGGAAUUGUCCAGUUCAAGACCAACAAAAUGCUAUGGAAUAUUUUGCAAUACUAAGGACUGCCCCUAGUACUCAUUAACAUUCCAUUUCUCUCUGUAAGCCAUGACAAGUUCGGAAUAAUCAACUUCCCAAAUUCCACGAUUCUUUUGAAGUCUGACGACAUGAAAUGAGUUAUAGUAUUCCUGUUGCUCACAAUUCAGAUCUUCGAGAAACAGGGAGACUGAUUUUGAAUCUCAGACCAUUCGAAGCACCAAAAGUGGACGAUGUUAAUACUUCUACAAACAUCGAUGUAUUAAAACGCACAAGACUAUGAGUGAUAGAUACACAUGGUCGAAUUCGAUUACUAAUUCAAGUGGUUUUUUUAUCGUGCAGCAACUGUCUCGACCGUGUGGUAUUUUAGGAAUAAUUAUAUACAUAUAUAUAUUUAGAUGUAUCGUACGUUAAUUGUGCGUAUGUGUAUUCAGUGUAUGUAUAUACGUGUGGAUAAUCCCUGCAAAGUUGGAAAACGAAAAAAAGAGUAAUAUCAUUUAAUUACUGUAAGUAGCAACAUUUUGUACAAAUAGUAUGGAACCUCCAGGCGUGGGAACAAUAAUCGAAGCUAGUUAACAGUCUUCCCUGGAAGUUUUCUUUUAUAUCGCCAAGUAUUAAGGUCUCGAUACAAGGCCAUUGUAGUCUUCGUAAGUAUUCCUCCAAUUGUGAACGUCCAGAUAUCGUUUGAUAUGUCUAUACACGUCAUUGUCUAUUUCUUCGGUGCGCGAUGAUUUAUUAUGUACAUAUUGUAUUUGUAAUAAAAAAGGAACGAAGUGUGAAAAA